GUUUCAUUUCGCACCACAUUCAAGAAUGGCCGACCCUCCCAAGCUUCAGUCCAUCACCAUUCAGCAUAUCUGACGCUCUCUCUAGCACCAAUCAUUCGCACCCUUCAAUACUGAUUCGGGCGUCUGCAUUAUCCAACACCUCCAGGACGGCGCCUUGACAAGCUCCACCUGCCAUGCUAGGUGGCGUGGUUGCGGCAGUGGGAAGCCUUGAUGGCAUUUCAACGAUCCCAGUCGCAAUCUCGGUUGUCAUCACCGCUCUCGCUGCAGCCAUCAUCACCAUCUGCACCAUCAAUACACGAGGACUCCUUUACCUCGGCGUACCUCUCAGCAUCACAGUCAGCAGCGGCAAGCAAGCAGCCAUCCCUGCGUGGCUCAACCCGCUUCCCUUUUCGCCAGCUCUCGUAGCUCAAUGGCUUCGCCUUUCGUGGUACUACCGCACAUGGCCAUGGCGACUUCAGCAGCGCCUGGUCAAUUCAUCGAAAAUCGACUGGUUCGAUGGUGCAGGUGGGCCGCGAGAGGAUGAGCUGCUGGCGACAUGGGAUCGGGCGGCUGUUUGGCGAGAGGAUGAUGGAUGCUUGCCUCUGAGCGCUUUGAGAGCCUGGGAAGGGAUGGGCGACCCACUCGCAGACGCCGCUCUCUCAAGCAUCAAAGAUCAGCAUCAUUCUUCACCGCACGACCUCCUCGCCCGCAUAGAAGAAGCAUCAUCCAAUUCAGAUACACCUGUCGAAGCAUCAGCAUUUGCAGCACAUACUCGAGCACGAAGACCACCACGAGGUGCAGGCGUCCUUCCCCUCUCCUGGUACGCAGCCCGAGACGCUCGUCAGGGCAAAGAGCAACCGCAGUGGCUCACUGACGAGCUUGCACGUAGCCAUGACGAUCUCAUCCCACAAGACGAGAUCGAAGAUCCAGCACUAGCAGCUCGUCAUCAGUCCGAACGCGAAGCGCUCCAAGUCCAAGAAGACAAUGAGCGGAGCGAAGCCGACUUGGCCGAGGAGCUGGCCGAAGAACGUCGUCUUCUCUCUUUGGGCCAAGACGUCUUCUACCGCUACUCUGGAGGCAUCCUCCUCGCCUUGCUUCACUUCUCCCUCGCUGGGGGCUUUGCCUCUCCGCGUCUUUCAGGCAUAUUGAGAGCCACUGGCUACCUUGUGCCUGCAGCGAGGCAGCAGCGCCAGCGCGAUGACGAGGAGCUGGCGGGCGAUGUGAGAGGCGAGAAGCAGGCGAGGGAGGACGAGGAGAAGGAGAAGGAGCAGACCAAGAAAGAGGGCGAUAAGGCAUGGAAGAGGAUGAUUGAGACGACGCAAUGGGUCCUGGAUGUUAUGGAGACGGUGGGCUCACUCGAGGCUGCCGACUCCUUCUCCUCAUCUUCCUCAUCAGAGAAGUCCCCCUCAAUGGGCGCUGGCCGCCGGGCAAGUUACCAAGUCCGUCUGUUGCACGCUCGCGUCCGAACACGCAUCUCAUCCCUCAACCCCUCCAUCCUCGAGUCCAAUGUUACGCCCAUAAAUCAAGCCGACCUCCUCGGAACGCUCCUCUCCUUCUCCGCGGCCCCUCUCGCCUCACUCCAACGGAUGGGCCUCUCCCUGACCCAAGCAGAGCGGGAUGCUUACCUCUCGGUAUGGAGGUACGUCGGCUACUUGAUGGGCGUGGACGAUCGUCUCGUGCGACGUUACCUCGCGAGCACAGACGCGGCAGAUCGAGCAAUCUGGUCUUCUGUGGAGAAUUUAUUCAACGAGGAGACUCUACAAGCUAAUGCUGCGAGUGGGGAUAAGGCGCUACUACCACCGACGUAUCAGAUAUUGAAGGGAAUAGCGGAUAGACCGCCCUUCCACACUAGCUUUGAGCUGCAUUGCGCUCUCACCACCUCCCUCGUCGGCGGGACUCUUUCUCGUGCUUUGGGGCUGCCAAAGCCAACACUCUCUGCGCGCCUCAAAGUCACUACCACGUACCUGGGUAUGUGGUUCACGACGACCUUCGGCCGAUACUACCCUCGACGCCGCUGGGAAGCAAACAGGCUCCAGAUCAGCCGAGCGCUUCUGCGCAGACUGAUCGUUUGGAAUUUGGGCAUGAAGCGUAGCUUGUACCAGGGGCACGCGAGCGGGGAGGCAGGGAUGGUUGAAAUCGUACGAGAUGAGGCGGCGGCGAUGAAGGAUGUGAGGGCCUACCAAUGGUUGAUGAGAGAGAUGAUCGCCGUCUUUGCCAUCGCUGGGCUCGGUUCUGUAGCCGCUGGACUUUGGAUGCUCAUGCCUGCCUCCCUCUGAUGAUGAUGACCACGACCAUGAUGACAGUGCCUCGAUAAUACUGUAGCACACGUAGAGCAAUUACAAGACUUGGACAGCUGGGAAUUGUAACAGCUUCCUAACGCG